AUGGAACUGAAUUCAAUGUUGUCAAACAAAGGACUAGAUUUAAGAUUUGUGGAUAUAACGUACAAAGUAAACAAUUGGACUGAUACAUUUAAAAUAGAAAAGAAAACUAUUUUAAAAGGGGUGAGUGGUGCGUUUUAUCAAGGUCAACUAUGUGCAAUUAUUGGAUGUUCGGGAUCUGGAAAAUCAUCAUUAUUAAAUGCACUAUCUGGUUAUAAGACAAGUGGAUAUAGUGGAACAAUAUUUAUUAAUGACAAACCUCAAGAAUUGGAAUCGUUUCAGAAACAAUCAUGUUACAUUAUGCAAGAAGACCAACUUCAUAUGCAAUUAACGGUCAGAGAAGCUAUAGAAUUUGCAUCAAAGUUGAAAUGUUUAACUUUAUCAUUAAACGCAAGCAAGCUUAAAAUGAUAGAUUUGAUUUUAGAAAAUUUGAAUCUGCUUAAAAUUCAACAUACGGCUACAAUGAAUUUAUCUGGUGGUGAACGUAGAAAACUAUCCAUUGCAUUAGAACUGGUCCAUAAUCCAAGCAUCAUGUUUUUUGAUGAACCAACCAGCGGAUUAGAUAGUUUAUCAGCAAAUCAAGUAUUAGCCACAUUAAGAGGACUAGCCAACACAGGUCGUAACAUAAUUUGUACAAUACACCAAGCUUCUGCUCCACAAUUAAAGAUAUUUGACAUUCUUUAUGUACUUGCUCCAUCUGGUCAAUGUAUUUAUCAUGGUUUGACAUCAAAUCUUCUAGAUUAUCUGGCUGUCCUAGGUUUACGAUGUCCAUUGUAUCACAAUACUGCCGACUACAUAAUUGAAAUAAGUCUUGGAGAGUACGGAGAUCAAGCUGAAAAAUUGGUAAAAUAUAUCGAUAAUGGAAAGUCUACAGAAUGGUUAAAGAAUACUUGUCAAAAACAUUUAGUUAAAGAGGAUCACUUGAUAGCUGUUAACAUCAAUGACGAAUGUAAAAAUACACAAUUUACCAACCAUUUGAUUCAACUUGUUAUUUUAUCACACAGGUCUACAGUUAAGACAUUAAGAGAAAAAUUCAUCACUACAAGAUUGAUGGUUCAUAUUAUUGUUAGCGCUGUAUACGGUUGGGUAUACUUUGGUGUUGGUAUCAAUGCAUCAUUUAUACAUGAUAAUCUAAUGCUGUUGUUCUUCAGUUUACUGUUUAUUAUGUAUACUGCUAGUUCGUCAAUGAUAAUCAACUUUCCCUUAGAAAUUCCAAUACUUUCAAAAGAGCAUUUCAACCAGUGGUAUUCCUUGUCGUCAUAUUAUCUGAGUUUCACUAUAGUAGAUCUACCAAUUCAGGUUCUGUGUACAUUUUUGUACUGUGUGGUACUGUACUAUUUCACUGGACAGCCACUUGAAUGGCCAAGAUUUGGAUUGUAUACUCUCAUGAUGUUAAUGGUGGGACUGUUAUCACAGACCAUAGGCAUGUUAAUGGGAACAUUGUUCAACGAUUUAAGAUUCAGCACGAUUCUAACAAGCUUCUUGCUCAUGCCAUGGAUGAUGUUUGGUGGAAUUUUUAUUAAAAUAUCUGAUACACCAGAGAUUUUUCGAUGGUUGUUUGACAUUUCCUUUAUGAAACAUGCCAUGGAAGGAAUAGUGCAUUGUGUGUACGGUUUGGAUCGACCCAGGUUAUAUUGCCCCAAAAUUUACUGUUACAGCUCUUCGCCCUCAAGUAUAUUAAAAGAUUUGGACAUGCCAGUCAAUAAGUAUUGGUUUAAUUUCUUUGCUGUUACUGCCAUUUACUUGAUAUUGAAGGUGCUUACAUAUUUAGUGUUGAAAAAAAAGUUAGAAAUUCACUGA